CAUUUUUUUUUAAAUUUCAACGACGUAAAAAAGGACUUUUAAUGCGUAAAUCCCUGAAUUCAACCAAAAACCAUGGAUGACUAUGCCUUGGCACGGAAACUUCAAGAAGAGGAAAAUCAAAAAAACCAAGACGUUCAAAUAAUCUCCAACAAGGAAAAUUAUUAUCCCUCAAACGAGUUAAACAGCACACAAAAUCUCGUGCAUCCAGAAUGGGAAAUUGUCGAUCCAACGCCAAACAUUCACAUCCUCAAGGGACAAUACGACAACAAAUUUUUCCAAGGAAAAUUAGCUUUAGUCGAGCUUGAAUGGUCGAAAGUGAUGUACAAAUGCGCCGGAAUUUGUUAUUUCAAAUCGAACCGCUUCGGGAGAUCCAUCAUAAUUCGUUUGAGUGAACCACUGUUAAAAUUGCGCCCUCGCAAGGAUUUGGUCCAAACGUUGCUGCACGAGAUGAUUCACGCGUAUUUGUUCGUUUUGAAUAUUCGCGAAGGCAAUGGCGGGCACGGACCGAAUUUCAAACGCAUCAUGGAGAACAUUAAUCGUCAAGCAGGGACAAAUAUCACGGUUUAUCACACAUUUCACGACGAAGUUAACGAAUAUAUGAAACAUUGGUGGCGAUGCGAUGGUCCAUGUCGCGAUCGACAUCCCUAUUUUGGGUACGUAAAGCGAUGCAUGAACCGCGCUCCAGGCAAACAUGACUUUUGGUUCGCCGAACAUCAACGAAAUUGCGGCGGAAAAUUCGUAAAAAUCAAGGAACCGACGCCGAAAAAGAAGAAAAAUGAGAAAAACGAGAAAAAAGUCAAAGGAACUCAAAGCAAUAAAAUCUCAGGAUACAUCCAGACGACGAAAAAAGGCAAUCCAGGCACUACCAUGAAUCGCGGAAGCGGAACUUUAGUCAUUACAAAACCUCCUGAGACAAAAGUUAUCAAAAAAAGUCCCGAAAAACCCGUAAAUUCAUCAAAUAUUCGUACUUUUAGGUCUCCAAUCAAGCCAAAUCCGUCAAAAAAACCGCCAAAUUCGAUGCCAUCGAACAUCCACGGCUUCAAUGGAGCAGUAACAAAAGUCCCGACACCCUCCGGAAGUACUUUUGCAGGUUCAGGACACACUCUCGGAGGCACAGGACGCAAAAGAAGUCGCUUACUCGACGAAUUUGAGGCAUCGUCAAGCAAAAAACCUAAAACCACGACGUCAGAAGACCCAAAUUCAAGCAUUUUAUUGGAUGACGACGAAGAUGAUGUCAUCAGAGCUGUCGAUUUGGACGACAUUGAACGCGAAAAUGACGCUACAUUAACGCAAGCCGACAAAACAAACACUCGCCGGACAAUUAUCAAGCAGGAAAUUGUCGAUUCGCUCGGAUUUGGCGACGAUGACGACAUAAUUGUGAUCGAUGAUGAUUAUGACGACGACUUAGCGGGUGUUGAAGAUACAAAUUCUGACUUGAAUCUCAGCAAGGAAGUGAUCGAAGACUUUUUUAAUGACGACAUGCUCGGAAAUGACACAAAAAAUGUCAAAAAAGAGAUGAUUCCAUGCCCAAUUUGUGAAAAAGAAGUGUCGCAAAGCUCACAAAAGGAGCAUAUCGAACGUUGUUACGAGCAAUUAAUCGAAGCAUGUCAACCGGGAAGUAAAAUUCCGCUUCCUGGAAGUUCAAAAAGUUCCAAAAGUCGAGAAAGUCCGAAGCCAUCAACUUCUAAAGCGCAUAUCAAAGAAGAAAUCGCCUCUCCGGAGGUGAUUGUGAUACCAGAUGUACCUAAAAAUGAUAAAAUUGAAGUUAAAAAGGAGGAAAAUGUCGAUGUUGUUGUCAUAAAUGACGACUUGGUGCAAUGCCCGGCAUGCCCGAAGCGUGUUCCGAUGUCAGAAAUGAACAAACAUCUGGAUAAAUGUUUGGAAAAUUCGUUCGAUGAUGAAUUUUAAGGGAAAUUUUCACUUUUUCGACCAAAAACUCGCAUUUUCUUCGGAUUAUUGACUGAACCGUUGUUAGAAAUAAAAAUUAUUAUAUUUA